GAUGCAGAAGCCGAAGCAGAACAAGAAAAUGAAGAUGCCGACCAGCCGAGCUACCAUCCUCCCACUCUUACUACUCAUUCUCAUCUCCGACACGCGAGCCCUUUCUCCGGCGACAGCACCAGCGCACCCUCCGAAGCACGCAUCAAAGCGCACGCCGGUAUCCGCACCGCCGCUCCCGCCGGCGCUCCCACCGACUUCCCCCCUUCCACCGUCUCCGGCGUUUACUGGACCUGACUGCACCACUGCCCUUCUAAACCUUACUUCAUGCCUCAGCUUCGUUGUGCAAGGCGCCAACUUGACGGUGCCGGAGAAAGGCUGCUGCCCUUCCCUCGCCGGACUGGUCGACAGCAACCCAAUCUGUCUUUGCCAGCUUCUCUCCACCUCAAAUACUUUUGGAAUCAAGAUCGAUGAUACUAAGGCUCUCAUGCUUCCCACUGUCUGCCAUGUGGAGACUCCCCCUGUUUCUCUCUGCAGUGCGUUGGGGAUUCCGGUUGCGAGUCCGGGAGCUCUAUCGCCUAGCGGCGGCGGCGGCGGCGCAGCUGUACCUUCUGGGUCAGGUCCGCUGGCGCCGGCCACUUCAAUCGCAGCCGCACCAAGCGCCAGCGGCGGCGGCGCUUCCACGGCCAUAGCCACAUCUCUGCAGCUCGCUCUGCUCGCCAUUAUCAGCCAACAGUUCUUUAUCUCAUUCUAAUCAGUUCAAAUGGAGUGUGCUUUCUAUCAGUUCAAUUUCCAUUCUUUGAAUUAACAGUUUGUAUUGCAAACAUUGAAUUUCUUAAGUAUUUUCUCUUUCUCUGAUUA